GGCUCAAAAGUAAUCCUCGAUUCGGUACCAGAACUAUGGAUGGAAACAGUUAAGGAGAUGAUCAGUAUUUAUGAUUGCCAUCCGCACUCCUGCUUCCUCUAUUUGGCAAGCAUUCUAGUGGACGAGUAUGGACAAUUCGAUAAUUGCCGCCCGGGACUUGUGCAUAUGCUCAAUAUUUUAUGCAGCCGCUCAUUCAAAUUACUGCAAGGAGAGAAUGGUUUCCGCGAUCAUCCGGAUACAAUCGAUGACAUGUUCAGACUUGCAAUCAGUUUGUUGGCUAUUCCGAUGCUUUUAUUGGCAGGUGUUAUUAAUGAUGAGGAUAUUUCCAUCCCGACUGGUAUCUACUUUUAUUAA